GCUGUACGACACAUAGAGGCAACAGGCUGAGCGGGGCGCAGACGGAACAUCACUACGACUGGAUAACAAAAACAAACCAGCUGUGGGCCACUUACGCAGCUUUCUUCCACAUGAAAUACUUUUUAGAGUAGUUGUGAAAAAAAUCAUUGUUCAUUUACAUUUUUUGCUGGGCUUGGGAUGUGACUUUCAGUGAGCCCAGGCGGAGCUGUUUUACCCGGACAGAUUUAUCUUGUGUUCGCUUUCUUUUCAUCCGUGAAGUUGUUACUUUUGAGGGGCGACAGGUUUGUCACAUUUACAUGACUCUGUAACACUUUGCUCCAUCACCUUUCAACCAUGGCGGAAGCGGCCCAGCAGCCACACCUGGUGGAAAUCGACCCGGAUUUUGAGCCCCUGUCGCGGCCCCGGUCGUGCACUUGGCCCUUGCCCCGACCGGAGUUCAUCAACCCGGGCGAUUCCAACACGUCCUCGCCGGUGCCGUCUGUGAAGCAGGAACCCACCGGCAACGCCGAGUUCAUCAACAAUCUCAGCCUGCUGGAAGAGACUGAAGACUUCACGGAGCAGAAGCCUGUCAUCCUGUGCACUGAUUUCCAGUGUCGGGACAACUGCGUCCACCAGCAACCUCCACAGCAGCAGCAGCAGCAGCAGCAACAUCAGCAACAACAUCAGCAGCAACAUCAGCAGCAUCAGCAGCACCCGAACCCGCAACUCCCUCAUCAGCAGCAGCAGCAGCAGCAGGUGCCUCUGCUCUCCUCCCCGGUCGGCACGUCGUCCUCGGCGGCCGCCGCGGCAGCUGCCGCUGCUGCCCAGAGGAAGAGCAGCUCCUCCCGUCGAAACGCAUGGGGGAAUAUGUCAUAUGCAGACCUCAUAACCAAAGCUAUCGAAAGUUCUCCUGAGAACCGACUAACUCUGUCUCAGAUUUAUGACUGGAUGGUGAAGAGUGUGCCUUAUUUCAAGGACAAAGGAGACAGCAACAGCUCUGCAGGCUGGAAGAACUCCAUCAGACACAACCUGUCGCUGCACAGCCGCUUUGUUCGUGUCCAGAAUGAGGGGACGGGGAAGAGCUCGUGGUGGAUGCUAAACCCAGAGGGUGGAAAGAGCGGCAAGUCUCCACGUCGCAGGGCGGCCUCCAUGGACAACAACAGCAAGUUAACCAAGAGCAGAGGAAGAGCAGCUAAGAAAAAGCUGUCCCUGCAGGGCGGCCCUGACGGAGGCGCCGACAGCCCAGGCUCUUACUCCAAAUGGCCUGGCAGCCCCAACUCUCACAGCAACGACGACUUCGAUGCAUGGAACAGCUUCAGACCUCGAACCAGCUCCAACGCUAGCACUCUGAGCGGACGCCUCUCACCCUUUAUGCCUGAGGAUGACCUUGCGGAGGCAGACGUACACAUGGGCUACCCUGGAGCCCCAGGGGCCAAGAUGACAGCCACACUGCCCAGCCUCACAGAAAUGACGGGCUCUUUGGGACACAGUUCUGAGAAUGUCAUGGAGAACCUUCUGGACAACCUGAACUUGCUCUCACCCAACAACUCUCAGGUCGGAGGAGGGGCAACGACCCCUGGUUCCUCCCAGUCCUCCCCCUCCUCUAUGAUGCAGCCGAGCCCUGGGUACUCUGCUUACAACUCUCCCAGCAUGGCUUCCCAGCCCCAGCAGGAGUAUCGCAAGUGUGCGUAUGGCCAAGUGGGCAUGAAUAGCCUGUCGUCCAUGCCACUGCAGACACUUCCAGAGAGCAAGCCGACCUUCGGGCCCGGUAUGGGUCAGUACAGCUGCCCUGGGCUUCUGAAGGAGCUGCUGACGUCAGAUACAGACCAGCAUGGAGAGCUCAUGCCGUCAGUAGACACUGUGGUGUCUCAGUCCAGCGGAGGCUGCAUGCUGCCACCCUACAGCAGCAGCCAGCACGCAGCCAAACUAAUGGGAGGAGGGAAUGGUCACCCGCACAAUCUCUCUCACACUCACCCCCAUAAUGUGCACAGCCAAGCCCCAGCCACAUCACCGGCUAUGAAUGGCCGCUUGCUCAUGUCCCUUAGCCACAGCGGGGGCAAUAUGCGUUUGCCUACAACCAAAAGCCCCAUGCAGAUGCCUUAUGGCCUCUCGAGCCACCUCAGCGCUGGAGGCAUGCCUGGUGGCUUCUGUCCUCUCAACACCAACGGAUACGGUCGACCAGGUCUGCCACCACCUUCGCACCCGGAGAAGCUGCCCAGCGACCUGGAUGACAUGUCUAUUGAGAAGUUUGAGUUUGACAUGGAGACUGUCCUCCAUGAGACUCUGAUGGACGGGGACUCACUGGACUUCAACUUUGAGCCAAUGGUGACCCAGCAAGGUUUCUCCCAUGGGGUGAAGACCACCACACAUAGCUGGGUGUCAGGGUAGAGACUGUAGUGCGAAAAAAAAAAAAAGUUCUGCUCAACUGACUUCUUGUUGUUGCCGUUUGGUAAAAGACACAAUCAGAACUCA